ACUUAUAAAAUGUUUACGAAAGUGCCGCCAAAUGGGGGAUAUGGAUGGAUUAUUGUUAUAGCUGGAGCAUUAAAUGCCCUAUCUACCAUCCCGAUUGUACAAGGAUUCGGAUUGAUAUUUAAAGAAUCUUUUGCAGCACUUAAUCUAACUGCAACAGAUACGUCAAUUAUAAUUAAUGUAAAUUUGGCAUUUGGUAUGGUACUCGGCUUAAUCAAUGGGCCUCUCUUGAAGAUCUACGGAUAUAGAAAAGUGGCGAUGGUUGGAAGUAUUAUAUAUGCAGUUGGUGUAACAUUGACGGCAUUCGCCAACACCUUUACUCUUAUUAUGAUUUGCUAUGGAAUAUUAGCCUCCAUUGGAAUGGGUAUGUCGUUGUCUGGAUUCUCUUUAGCGACCAAUACUUAUUUUACUACGAAACGAGGACGAGCUAUAGGCAUGGGUAUGACUAUCAUGGGGGUGGGUCCAAUCAUUAUGCCUCAAAUAUCAUCCUUUUUACUUUCAUUUUAUGGUGUUCAGGGAACCGUUUUGAUACUUGGCGCUUACAGUUUUCACGCGAUGAUAGGCGCAAUGCUGCUACAACCGGUUAAAUGGCACAUGAUAAAAGUGCCCAUCUGCUUAGAGACAGUUAUCGAAAAUCCCACGAUUUUGACUGAUAAUGAUGAUAAAAAGAUUUUGACUGAUAAUAAUGAUAAAAAAGACAUUACACCGAAUCAUUAUGAAGAAGAUGAAACGAAUAUAUACUCUCCGAUAUUAAACAAUUAUGAGAGGAAAAGAAAAACAACAAUAUCUAGCAUCAACCAUGAUCUUGAAGUUGGAAGCAUUUAUGGAUUCGAUACGCCCUUACCCCGACAGAUUUCUACAGACGGAACAACAUCUUAUGGUUCAAAUUACGACAUCGAAAUAUCAGUUAACAGAACAUCAAGAACGAGUAUACAUGAUAAUUGCAGGGAUUCAAAAUAUCUAUGGAAUUCAUCAAAAAGUAUAGAUAGUAUUCAUCUCGGUAGCAGCAUGAAAAUUUUUGACGAACCUAUUUUAUUAACGAAAAAAUUGACCUUUGUUGAUAAUAAUGUCGAUAAUAAUGUAAGCAAAAAUAAUAAUAUAAGUCAGAAUGUUCUAGAAAAGGAUUCACUAUUGGAAAAACAGACGAAUGAAUAUUCAAACAAAGAAAAUAAUGACGAUAGCAAAAGCAGUUCGUCCGUUCACCGAAUUCUACGACGAAUAGCUGAUCUUUACGACUUUGAUCUUUUACGCGAUCCGAUUUAUGUGAACAUCAUGUUGGGGAUGUCAAUCGCAAUUUUCGCGGAAAUAAACUUCUCUAUGUUGACACCGUUUAUCCUCGCCGAUAUGGGUUUAACAACAGCAAAAAUUGCCGACAUCAUGAGUAUCAUCGCGAUAGCAGAUCUUAUAAGCAGAGGCGCGGCACCUUACCUGGGCGAAUGGUGGCGUCUGUCAGCCAGGAUGAUGUACAUGCUCAGCCUGUUGCUUCUGAUAAUCGGCAGAUGCUCAUUGCUAUUUGCGAAUGAUUCCGCUUCAAUGAUGGCCGUUGCGAUUGGUUUGGGAGCGGCAAAAGGAAUUCGAUCGGUAUAUAUGGCUUUAGUUGUACCUAGUUACGUUCCUAUUCAAAAGUUACCCAAUGCCUCGGGAAUUCAAAUGCUGACCAACGGAAUGAUACUCAUGAGUGCUGGUCCCAUACUUGGUGUAAUACGAGAUAAUACUGGAAAUUACACGAUUUGUAUUAUCUUACUCAACUGCGUGACUGCUAUUACACUGCUUAUCUGGACAGUGGAGAUACUUAUUCGAAGAAAAUGCGACCGAAAAAAAUUGCAAUCAGGAACAUCUUAACACUAAACUGAAUAUAAUUAUGUUUCUGUAAAUAAAUCAUUUCUAAAGGGACACAAGUUGGUA